CCAAUGUCAGGGUACCAGUCUACUACGGUCCAUGCAAAUAGUGUCGAGGCACGAACCACCCGAGGAGCUUCGAGUGCCAUUAAAACUUGGAAAGAGAACAGAAAGCCUGCAUGUCCCUGGUUACAUGGAAGCUGACACUCUGAAGCAAGAACAAAGAACAAUACUACGUGAGAGAUUUCUCCGCAUGUGUGCAGCCAUCACAGGACAAUCUGCUAACAUUUGUAUGCAAGAGAAGACCAAUGUUCAGUGUGUGUUAAGUCACAUUGACAUCGAUGUCCAACACGUACAAGUGAAGGAUCUCCUAACUCCAAUGGGAAAAAUUCCUAAAGCUGUGCUCCGUCUUAGUGAUGUCAUUUCCAUCCAGAUCCCUGACCUUCAGAGCAAAGACUUCUAGAAAAAAAUAUAUUGUUCUUGUUAAAAGUUUAUAGUUCAAAGCAUAAGAAAUUUAAAAAAAAACAUGUCAGAACUGAAGGAAUUAAAGCGGCUGAAAGAUGAAGAGAGGACUUUGAUGAACAUUGCCAGUAAAUUAAGUGAUCAGUUGAAUCGGAUGAAGGUUGAGGAAUUAGCUUUACUGAGUAUGUUACACAAGGAGGGGCUGCCUGUCGAAAGUGAGGAAAACAAAGAGAAGGAGGGGGAGGAGGAGGCCCAGCAACCAUCUACUUCACAAGCCAUUACUGAGGAGACUGAAGAGUUAGUUCCCUUAGAUCUCACCGUGCACAAUCUUCAACAGGUAGAAAGAAUGGAAGAGGAAGAGGAAGAUUUUGAAGAUGAUGAUCUCACAAUGAUGAUGACACAGAUAAAUGGAUGAUGUUAUGAUGAUAAGAAAAAAAAUGUCAUUUCUACCAGAAUCAUUCGCUACACAUACCGUAUAUACUCGCCUAUAAGUCGGUCCGCCUAUAAGUCGGUUGUAUUUUUGAAGCUUAUAUUAGAGGGAUUGACCUUCUAAAAUACCAGUCUUUUUAUAACUCGCCUAUAAGUCGGACAUAGAGUUUUGGACCAAAGGUUAACUCCCAAAAAUCCGACUUAUAGGCGAGUAUAUAUGGUACAUGUACUAGUUGACAAGAAUAUUUAUGAAUGCUCAAGACACAAUAUGUGUUACAACUUACAAGAAUAAAAUAUUUUUGUGAAUGUUGAUUCUUGAUACACUAGGAUACUAUAUAAAAGAUACAAUAUGAUUUAUAUGUAAAGUUUUUGUUCAUUAAUUCAGUUAGUUUUGUAUGACAAAAAAAAAGAAAUUUGUCAUGAAUGAAUGUAUAUGUAUUAGUUUCAAUUUAUUACAAGUUUCCAUUUUUUAAACUAAAUGUAUGUAUUUUAUAACAAUAUCAUAGGUUGAGCUUUUGCUGAAAUUAAUAAUAUAAUAAUAUUUCAGGUAAAGCACUUUGAAAUCAAGUGAGGAAAUACUUCAUGUCAUAAUUUUGAAUCCAUUCACUUACCACAAUACAGAAGCUUUUUCCACAGAGACUCAAUUUUUUUUAUCAUAUCCAAUGUGUAGAAAGGUCUUUUUGGUAUAGAGUAUGAGAAAGAAGGCUAGUGGAAUAAUUUGUGAAUUCUGAA